CUACACAAGUAACGAUUUACAUAUAAAACAACGUCUCUUAAGAGUUAAGUUUGAAGUGCUGCUCUAGCUUCGGGAACUACCUAAGUUUUUUCUCCUUUCUACUGAUCAAGAAAGUAAUAGACUCGGUUCUAGCAAAGACCCUAUAUACUCUUUAUAAUGUCACAUUUUCAAUGCUAAAAACAGAAACCCAUAUUGCUGUGCCCUUGAGUAGAACCAUUUGAACUGGGACCGAAUAGUUAGUUAUGAUGACCGUUAUUACCCGCCUAAAUACAAACCUGGUAGCUCCUCUUUGUUUCCGAGGCAAAGCAAUACAGUUGCUUUUUCCAUUGCCUUUCUCAAAGCUCUUCAAUCUCUCUUCUUUGUCUACCAAUUCAGCAACCAAAACUGUAAGCCCAAAUAACUUUGCCUUUAAAAAGGAGCAAAGAGUUAUGUCCCUUUUCAAGCGGUGUUCCACCAUGAAAGAUUUGAAGCAAGUCCAUGCCCAUAUAAUCCUAACCGGCCUUUACCAAAACCUCUAUGUCAUUGGCAAAAUCAUUGUGUUUUGUGCGGUUUCAGAGCAUGGAAAUAUGGAUUAUGCGGUUUUAGUUUUCGAUAAAAUUGAAAACCCAGAUGGGUUUCUUUGGAAUACAAUGAUUAGAGGGUUUGUGAAGACUAAUCAGCCAGAAAAGGCUUUUGAGUUCUAUAAGAGAAUGCAAGAGAAAGGAGAGGUGGCAGACAAUUUCACAUUCUCUUUUUUGCUUAAGUUUUGUGGGCAAUUGGGGACAGUUAUGUUGGGGAAACAGAUACAUUGUGAUACUAUGAAAAAUGGCCUGGAGUCUCAUGUCUUUGUGAGGAAUACAUUGAUUCAUAUGUAUGGUAUGUUUAAGGAUAUCGAAACUGCACACCGACUGUUUGAAGAAAUACCCAGCCCAGAUUUAGUGGCUUGGAACACUAUUCUUGAUUGUCAUGUCAACUGUGGGAAGUGCAGGGAAGCACUUGACCUGUUCUUGCUGAUGUUGCAGAGUGGCGUGGAGCCUGAUGAGGCUACAUUGGUUGUGACCCUCUCAGCGUGUUCGGCAUUAAGUUCGUUAGAUUUCGGGAGGUGGGUUCAUUUCUGCAUUAAUCAUACUAGCCUUGGUGAUGUUGUAUCGGUGUGUAAUUCACUAAUUGAUAUGUAUGCGAAGUGUGGAGCAGUUGAAGAUGCGUACAAGACAUUUAAUAAGAUGAAAGGGAAGAACAUAGUGUCAUGGAACACCAUGAUUCUAGGGCUUGCAACGCAUGGCCAUACAAAUGAGGCACUGGCAAUUUUCUCAAAAAUGUUAGAAGAAAAGCUUGUGAAACCAAAUGAUGUUACUUUCUUGGGAGUUCUGUGCGCUUGUAGCCAUGCAGGGAUGGUAGAUGAUGGGAAAAGAUAUUUUAGUGUUAUGAUCAAAGACUACCACAUCCAACCAACAAUAAAGCAUUAUGGAUGCAUGGUGGAUAUAAUGGGACGUGCCGGGUUCGUGGACGAGGCUUACCAGUUGAUUAGGAGAAUGCCAAUGGAAUGCAAUGCCAUUGUAUGGAGGACAUUGUUGGCUGCAUGUCGGGUGCAUGGAAAUGUUGAGCUUGGGGAGAAGGUCAGGAGCCAUCUAUUGGAACUAGAACCGGAUCAUAGCAGUGAUUUUGUUCUCCUUGCUAACAUGUAUGCUAGUGUAGGUCAAUGGAGUGAAAUGACCAGAGUGCGAAAAGCAAUGCAAGAUAGAAGAGUUCAGAAACCAGCGCCUGGUAAUAGCUUCAUUGGCAUUCAAGGCAGUAUGAGGUUAAAGAUGGAGACUGAAGAUGGUGGCAAACAUACAAGAACAUGUACUGCUCAAGUUCAUUAAUAUGAGAAAGAUGGUUUUCUUACAAACAUACAAGAUGGUUUUCUUUGUAGUGCAGACAUACCUUCCAAUGUAAAAUGGGUUCACAAAAUAUAUUAAGAAGUCCAGAUAAAGUUAUAAAUAUAUAUAUCAUAAACUUUAGCUCAACACAA